AUGUUCUCCCGCCCACCUAAACUGACCGCCGACGAGAUCCGCAAAGCACAAGGCGAAACCGAUCUUUUUCAGAUCAUCCUUACACUCCUCGCGUCCAUGCUCUCGAUCGGAGUCGCUAUUGUUAUCGUCCUUUAUGGGGACACAAUACUUCACACUGUACCCCUUGGGCUGUUUGCGUUUGCGGGAGGGUGUGGGAUCACAAGGUCGGUGCUGAAGUUGAGGAAGAGUAAUCGAAACUGA